ACAUGGUCUAUGGAUAGCGGUUAACGCCCGUGCAGAAACCGAGCGCACCCAGGGUAGAGGAGGCGGCGGCUCUAGGACCCGGCGGGGCGCGCGGUACAAUAGAGGUGUUGUGCCGUGGUGCGGGACAGAUUGCAGCCUGGAGAUUCCCUCUGUGUUGGGACAUAAAACGCUGCAUUUGGUCCACUGCUGGCACUAGAGCCUCUACUCUCAGGUGUAUGUUGGUCGUUUUGUGUGUGUCGUUACGUGGCAAGAUUAAAGCGGGCAGCGGAGCGGGGAACGGAGGUAUUGCCUUAAGUGGUUAAGGGUUGACCAGAGGAAUCUACUAGCAUGCUUUUCACUGCGAUAUUUAUGGAUGUUACAGGAUGAAACGCCUCAAGUCUUCAAGCAGCAGCGAAAGUUCUGACAAUGAGAGUCCCUCCACCUCCUUCUGCUCCUCCAGCAAGUAUGGCAGUAAACCUGGAACCCCUGCCUCCAACCCGAAGAAACCGGCUGAAGUGUUCAGAAAAGACCUGAUCAGUGCCAUGAAGCUGCCUGACUCCCACCAUGUCUCCCCAGAGGACUACUACUUGCUGGCAGACACCUGGAAACAAGAGUGGGAGAAGGGUGUCCAGGUAUUGGCAAGUCCAGACAGCAUCCCCAAGCCGUCAGUCAGGAUUAUUGCCGAGAAGCCCAAGGAAGUGUUUUACACCCAAAAGAGGAAAUACAUCCAGUGCUCGAGCCAAGAGUCAACAGAACCAGGUUAUGUGAACAUCAAAGAGCUGGCAGAGGCCAUGUGUCGCUACGAUUUGGACGACAUGGACCUCUACUGGCUGCAAACUCUCAACAGAGAGCUGGACUGCAUGGGGGAGGAGCCCAUAGACGAGCUGACAAUGGAGCGAGCCAUGGAGGCCCUGGAGAGCCAGUGCCACGACAACAUGAAGCACGCCAUCGAGACAGUGGAAGGUCUGGGGAUUGAAUACGACGAGGACGUUAUCUGUGACGUGUGCCGCUCCCCCGACAGCGAAGAGGGGAAUGAUAUGGUGUUCUGCGACAAAUGCAACAUCUGUGUACACCAGGCCUGCUAUGGCAUUGUUAAAGUGCCUGUUGGAAACUGGCUGUGUCGGACGUGUGUCCUCGGCAUCGACCCACAGUGCCUUCUGUGUCCCCAGAAGGGCGGCGCUAUGAAAGCUACGCGUGCAGGCACCCAGUGGGCUCACGUAAGCUGUGCCCUGUGGAUACCAGAGGUGAGCAUUGCUUGUCCUGAGAGGAUGGAGCCCAUCACCAAAGUCUCCCACAUCCCUCCCAGUCGCUGGUCUCUCAUCUGCAGCCUGUGUAAGCUGAAGACAGGUGCAUGUAUCCAGUGCUCUGUAAAGAACUGCACCACUCCUUUCCAUGUGACAUGUGCCUUUGAACAUAGUCUGGAGAUGAAGACCAUCUUGGAUGAAGGGGAUGAAGUCAAGUUCAAGUCUUACUGCCUGAAGCACAGCAAAUCUAAAGCUGGGGAGACUGGCCUGAGCCCAGCUCGCUCAAAGGCACCCAGCGAGGCAGGGAAGGUGGGCCAGCGGGCACAGAGACUGCAGGAGCUGGAGGAGGAGUUCUACACUCUGAUCCAGCUGGAGGCGCUGGCUCAGGCCCUCGGACUGUCCGAGCACCUGGUGGACUUCAUCUAUCAGUACUGGAAGCUGAAGAGGAAAAGUAACUUUAACAAAACUCUGGUGCCGCCUAAGGAGGAGGAGGAGCAGCUGAUGCUGCAGCCUCAGGAGGACAGCAUCCACACACGCAUGCGGAUGUUCAUGCACUUGCGACAGGAUUUGGAGAGGGUGAGGAAUUUGUGUUACAUGGUGAGUCGGCGGGAGAAGCUGAAGCUGUUGCAGAGUAAAGCCCAGGAGCAGGUGUUCAACUUGCAUGUGAAGCUCAUGAACCAGGAGCUGUCAGCUGGUCUUGCUGCUUCAUUUCCUGUGGAGAGUUUGCUGUUUCGUCCUCCUCCGAGGAUCACUCUGAAGCUGAAAAUGCCCAAAGCCUCAAGUGUUGGAAAUGGAAAUCCCAGUUCCAAAUGUGGCAACGGGCCGCUCUGCCCGGACAACAGUGGGAAUGUUAGUGAGCAUGCUGGCGAAGGGCUGGGUCAGGGGAAGCCUCAGUUGCAUGGGCUUGGUCGGAGAGAGGAGCGUUCCAACGGCCAACUGUCUUCCUCGAGCCGCUCGAACAAUCGAGUGUUGCCUAUUAAACCAACUGGCAAACCUCUAGCCCUGCAUGCUGCACUCCAUGGCCACUCAUCCAGCAGUAAUCGCAAACUGGACCAAGAUCGAGUGUGUGCGCCCAAGACUAAUGGUCUCCUGGAGAAAUCUGUGGCUCAGAAGGAUAGUUCUUGCCAAACACCCAUUGAGCAGGAUUCUUCAAAUGAGGCUUUGGUCCAGAGCAGCUUUCGUAAAUCUGUCAUGGAGCACUUUGGCAGGUCCUUCAAAGAGGCGACAAUAAAUUUGGUACGGACCACAGAGGACAUGCGGGCCUCUGACAAACUGUCCCGGAAGGGCUCAGCCAAGGAUAGACAAUGGGCAAAACCCGUGACUGAACACAAAGUGAAAAGCACUCGAUCGUACCAGGACAGCGACGGAUAUUGUCCUGACCUGGAGCUCAGUGACUCAGAGCCAGAGGCGAAAGGGAGGCACCGGCGGCAAGGCAGGGUACCACAGCCAGAUAUUCCAAGGAAAAGGGUCAGUGGUGGAAAACAGUCACUUGGCUCCAGACACCCUGUGCAAAGGUGACAGGUGUUUGUUUGCUCUGAUCACUACAACUGUUUUCUCCUCACCCUCUGGUGCCUUCCCAAGUGCCAGGCCACCUCUCUGAACACACCUCUGUCAAGCACCAGACCAAGACCCAUGGUGAUGAUGCUGUAUACAUGGAGCAGAAGGUACAUGAACAAGAACAUCACCCGGAAGGGCUCAUGAAGAAGCACGUCCCAGUGUCAGAGGAAUAAACCUGUUGGUCUUCAGAGAUGAUCACGCUUGCCUUUCAUUUGUGGCUAGUAUUACAUUUUGUAUUCUGCACAACUUUGUAUUAAACACCCAUGUUCCACUACACAGAGGUUCAGUUUGCCUUUUGCCUAGAACUGUAAGAUGUUCAGAUUGGGAUGUAAAUAAUGUGUAACUGAAUCACAUUCCACUUGAUUGCUACUUAAAUGUCAGUGUGUGCAGAAACUAAACCUGACGUGCCAGAAUGUGGAGUUUGUAUUGAGCUGUACUGCAGCUGCACCUGUUUUGUGCACUGUCGGUUAAAGUUUUGUCACAGACUCUGUGACCUUUACAUUUGUCAAAUUGUGGAAUCACUUUUAGUUAACACAAAUGCCUUGAGUGUGUAGGCAUAUAGUUUCACACGUUUACUACCAUAGUUUUGCAGGUUAUGUUGUCCUAUUUAAACAACAUAAUGUAGAGACUAGAUUCUUGUCUAAUAAUGAUCCCUGAUGUGUUGGUCAGUGACAAAGCUGAACGUGACACUGGAGUAAAGCAAUAAAGCAAAGCACCUGACUAAAUGUCUGAGACUGGCGUUCAGAUUAACCUCUAUUUUUGUCUCGAAUGUGAGCAGCUUUUAUCACUGCUCUUUUUUUCUAUAUUGAAAUUGAGCUGCAGACCUUAUGCGGUUAUUUGUUUCCUGUUUCCUGUGUCCUUGAUGUGAUGAUAACCAAGCUGAUGUUUACUAGAACUAGAUAGUUUUACAUUUUCAUAAUACAAUGCCAAUUCAGUACUUUUAGAAUUACAUUACUUUGCCUAGAAUGACCUUAUUUUUUUAUCAUUAAACCUUUAUAUAACAAAAAUGGCCAAACCUCACAA